CCCACCGCGCAAUUCGCGUUCAACCUCUGUCAGACAUGUGUCGGCUCCGGCUCCCUAUAGGGCUGGAACUGUAUAAAAGCCCAUCAGGAAGAACCAAUUUCUCCAGUUCAUCGAACUACAACACAAAGCUCUCCUAUCCCAAUCAUGAAGUUUUUGACUGUCCUCACUGCCUUGGUUUUUGCUACAGUGGCUACUGCUGAGCCCAUCGACAAAAGGGCUUGCGGACCUACUAACUGCGUCUGCAACGGCAUUCAAGGCCAGUUCUGUGGCAACGAGUCCGUCAACCCUGCUUGCAGAAAUGACCAUGUCUACGAAUGCGCGAGGGGCUCUGGCCGCGCCUGCGACUACGGCUACAGGAACAGUUGCGCCCGUUGUGGAGAGCUCCAGUGCUGAACGUAAGAAAUUCCAGCAUCACAUGUACAAAGUCAGAGAGAUUCUCAAUUCGACUCCUGCUCAUUCGGAUAACUUUUACCCACGUUCUUAGUUAAUACCAGUAUUUUACUACUUUGUAUCAUAACCUUGAACGUGUUGAAGGUCUGUUUAAAUCCGUGCUUGAUGAUACAGCCUCUACAGGCUAUGUGAAAC